UCUUGGCGCCGUGCGCUCAUUCUUCAUCGGAUUGUGGCGAAGGCGGAGAGUCGCUGGUUUUGUUCUCUUUAACCGUUCGAAAUGGGCAGAGAGUCCAGACAUUAUCGGAAGCGAUCUGCAUCACGAGGACGUUCUGGAAGUCGGUCCAGAAGUCGUUCACCCGCUGAGAAGCGGUCUAAACUUGGGGAUAUUAGAGGUCGCUCACGCAGCCGAGAACGUGAUCGGAGAAGGGAUCGCUCUCGAAGUCGAGAUAGGAGACGGUCAAGAUCUCGGGAAAGGAAACGGCUCAGUUUUAUCUCACACAGAAUACCGCAGAGAUGCAGAAUGUCAGUGGUCACACCAAAACGUUCCAGGAGUCGAGAGAGAAGGAGAUCUCGCAGUCGUGAAAAACGACGAUCAGUAAGCCGAAGCAGAAGCCGUAGGUCACAUUCUCAACCACGCUCUCGAAGCCGCAGUAAGAGCAAGGAAAGAAGAUCAAAAUCUAAAGACCGUGUAGAAGUCACCAAUGAGGCUGUCAAAGAGAAGAAAAAGGAGGAGAAAGAUGACGACAAAGAUGUCAGUAAUUUUGAGCAAAGUAAAUUGGAAGAGGAAAUGAGAAAACGGAAAGAACGUGUUGAGAAAUGGAGAGAAGAACAACGCAAAAAGGUUGUUGAAAAUAUUGGUGAAAUAAAGAGAGAACUUGAAGAGAUGAAACAGGGCAAGAAAUGGAGCCUUGAGGAUGAUGACGAUGAUGAAGAUGAAAUAAUAGAAGGUGAAAGGAAAGAAGAAGGAGAUGAUGACAAUGAAGAAUUGGAUCCAUUAGAUGCUUAUAUGGAAGAUAUAAAGGAAGAAGUGAAGAAGUUUAACAUGGGAAGCGUGAAAGGAGGAAGUGAAAAGAAAUCAGGUGCAACUGUAAUGAAAGUCAUGACUGUGGUAACUACUAAAAAACCACAUUCUGAUAUGGAGAAAAAGAAAGGAGAGCUGAUGGAGAAUGACCAGGACGCAAUGGAGUAUUCCUCAGAGGAGGAAGAAGUUGAUCUUCAGACUGCACUGACAGGGUAUCAGACGAAGCAGAGGAAGCUACUGGAACCUGUGGAUCAUGGGAAAAUAGAAUAUGAACCAUUCCGAAAGAACUUUUAUGUUGAAGUUCCUGAACUUGCUAAAAUGACUGCUGAAGAAGUGAAUGCAUACAGAUUGGAGUUAGAAGGAAUUGCAGUACGUGGCAAAGGUUGUCCAAAACCUAUUAAAUCAUGGGUGCAAUGUGGGAUCUCUAUGAAGAUAUUAAGUUCAUUGAAAAAACAAGGGUAUGAGAAACCAACACCAAUUCAAGCACAGGCAAUCCCUGCCAUCAUGUGUGGACGUGAUGUAAUUGGAAUUGCUAAAACUGGAAGUGGAAAAACUAUAGCUUUUCUUUUGCCUAUGUUCCGACACAUCAUGGAUCAGAGGCCACUUGAAGAAUCAGAAGGUCCUGUUGCACUCAUUUCUACCCCCACCCGUGAGUUAGCCCUUCAGAUUACCAAAGAAUGCAAAAAAUUCUCAAAAGCACUUGGACUGAGGGUAGUGUGUGUUUAUGGUGGAACAGGAAUAAGUGAACAGAUUGCUGAGCUAAAGCGAGGAGCAGAAAUUAUAGUUUGCACGCCGGGCCGCAUGAUAGACAUGCUAGCAGCCAAUAAUGGUCGUGUGACAAAUUUUCGCAGAGUUACCUAUGUUGUACUUGAUGAAGCAGAUAGAAUGUUUGAUAUGGGUUUUGAGCCCCAGGUAAUGCGAAUAGUAGAAAAUAUUCGACCGGACAGACAAACAGUUAUGUUUUCUGCUACAUUUCCCAGAGCAAUGGAGGCCCUAGCACGACGAAUAUUAACAAAACCUAUUGAAGUGCAAGUGGGCAGUAGGAGUGUUGUUUGCUCUGAUGUUGAGCAACAUGUGAUUGUUAUAGAGGAGGAGAACAAGUUUUUAAAGUUGCUGGAACUUUUAGGCCAUUACCAAGAAAAUGGCUCUGUCAUAGUGUUUGUGGACAAACAAGAGCAUGCUGAUGGUCUAUUAAAGGAUCUGAUGAGGGCAGCCUACCCCUGCAUGUCAUUACAUGGAGGUAUUGAUCAAUAUGAUCGUGAUAGUAUAAUCAAUGAUUUCAAAACGGGAGUGUGUCGAUUGCUUGUGGCAACAUCAGUAGCAGCUCGAGGGCUGGAUGUGAAACAUCUGAUUCUUGUUAUCAAUUACAGUUGUCCCAAUCACUAUGAAGAUUAUGUACAUCGAGUAGGACGUACUGGAAGGGCAGGUAACAAAGGUUAUGCUUAUACAUUCAUAACUGAAGAUCAAGUCCGUUAUGCGGGUGAUAUAAUUAAAGCCUUAGAAUUAUCGGGAAAUGCUGUUCCACUUGAGCUGGAAAAGUUGUGGGAUGAUUUCAAAGAGCAACAAAAGGCAGAAGGAAAAACUAUUAAGAAGUCUAGUGGUUUUUCAGGGAAAGGUUUUAAGUUUGAUGAAACUGAACAAGUUCUAGCAAAUGAGAGAAAGAAACUACAGAAAGCUGCUUUGGGUUUACAAGAUUCUGAUGAUGAGGACACUGCCGUUGAUAUUGAUGAACAGAUUGAGAGCAUGUUUAAUUCCAAGAAGCGUGUAAAGGAUAUGGCAAUGCCAGGAGCCGCUAAUGUUCAAGUGCCAUCUGCUGGUAAUGCAGAGAAACUGGAGAUUGCUAAGAGGUUGGCUUUGAAAAUCAAUGCCCAGAAAAAUCUUGGUGCAGAAGCUCAGGUAAUUCAGGAUGUAAUGCAGCAGGCGACAAAUGCUAUUAUGAGAGGCCGCACUCUCCAAGCUCCAACUGUAUCUGCUAAAACAAUUGCAGAGCAGAAAGCAGAGAAGAUCAAUGCCAAACUCAAUUAUGUACCAGCAGAGAAGCAAGAUGAUGAGAAACCAGAAAAUGCACAAACGGAAUCGUUCAAGAGAUAUGAGGAAGAGCUCGAGAUCAAUGAUUUCCCACAGACUGCCAGGUGGAAGGUAACCUCCAAGGAAGCUCUUCAGAGGAUUAGUGAAUAUUCAGAAGCUGCUAUCACUAUUAGAGGCACUUACUUUCCUCCAGGGAAAGAGCCCAAAGAAGGCGAGCGGAAAAUCUACCUUGCUAUAGAAAGUGCCAGUGAACUGGCUGUUCAGAAAGCUAAAGCUGAGAUUACAAGACUUAUUAAAGAAGAACUCAUUAGACUGCAAAAUUCAUACCAGCCGACCAACCGUGGGCGAUACAAGGUUUUGUAGGGGACCUGUAAAAUGUAUGCUAUGUCUACAGUCAGUUUUGAAGAUUAUUGUUGGUUAAUUGAUUUAUUUUAUUCUCUCCAUAAUGUUUAAAUUACAAGUUAAUUUGGAAGUGUUUUUAGUCAUUCUAUAGAAUCUGUAAAAUCCAUCUUGUGAAUUUCUAGAAACUGUGUAAUACAGUAUUGGAGAUUAGUUUCUGUUAAUGUGUUAAACCUUUACUAAAUCCAACUCGCUGCACGUGAACAAGAAGUACUCAUGCUUUUGAAAUGUAUAAAAGUUGCCUUUUGUAUGCUGGGAUAUAAAAAUGUCAAGAAAACAAAUAAAUGAACAUUAUCUUUAA